GACUCUCUGUAUCUUCUACACUCUCUAAACACGCUUCUACAAUCAACACAUGCAAAAUGAACCGCCCGAUCUACCGCCCCGGGUGGCCGCCGUCGGCCCGUUGAUCAUCCCCGCCGCAGCAACCACGGCCCUCCGUUCCGCCACCGUCCGCAUCCGCAGCACGGAUGGGAACCAAAUUUGCCUCCUCGCCCGCUCAAUUUCAUCGUCGAGCUCCAAUCCAGCGGGCAACGGGCAGUGAGUGCGGCCGAGGUGGAGGCUCUGGUUCGGAAACUUAGGGUAAAACCUCAGAAGUCAAGCGUUGUCCCGUGUGAGUCUAUUUUGGCUGCGCUUUGGUUUGAGUAUUGGAGUGAUGCCGUGGAUACAGUGGUUCGGUUGUGGGAGAUGAAAUUGAAUGGUGAAGGAAUUAGUACUAGUUUUUUGCCUGCGGUUUUCUGCAACGGCCAGAUGCAUUCUGAUUACUCUUCGGGCUUGAACGAUCGGUUGAGGCUUGUUUUCUUGGAGAGGUUGGAGUGGUUGAAAGAGGGAGAUUUGGUGGUGAAGUGGCUGAAGAAAUUGGGGGAUUUGACACACGAGACUAAGAUGGUUUCGAAUUUGUUGAAGAAGCCACAGAGUUUGGGCGCUGCUGAUGAGUUGUUGAGGAGAAGGAAAGGUUUGCAGGCGGAGGCGAGUUUGAUGCUUAACAGGAUGCAGGAAUUCCAGAGAGGGAUCAAGUGUAUCGAAGAUUAUUUGGAGAGUAGUGCAUACACUAGUGGAGAUUGUGGUGUUCCCGAGAUUCAAUUUCUUGACGGGGAGAUGAGCUGGGAGGGGAUUUAUAUGUUGAUGCUGAGGGAAUGCAGAAGGCUUGAUGAUGGACUGCCCAUUUAUGCCUAUAGACAGGAAAUCUUGAAUCAAAUACAAAGCCAGCAGGUUACUGUAUUGAUAGGUGAAACUGGUUCAGGAAAGAGCACACAACUGGUUCAGUAUCUUUGUGACUCUGGAUUUACUUGCAAUGGAUCUAUCAUUUGUACACAGCCACGCAAACUUGCUGCCAUCUCAUUGGCAGAGAGGGUUAAAGAAGAGAGCUGUGGUUGCUAUGAUGAUACUUCUGUUGUCUGUUGUCCAUCAUAUUCAUCUGGUUGGGGGAUUGAACCAAAGGUUAUUUUUAUGACGGAUCACUGCCUUCUGCAGCACUAUAUGAGUGAUAAACAACUAUCCAGGGCCUCAUGUAUUAUUGUUGACGAGGCUCAUGAAAGAAGUUUAAACACAGAUCUCCUACUGGCAUUGAUCAAGAAUUUACUGUUUCAGAGGCCAUGUCUCAAGCUCAUCAUCAUGUCUGCAACUGUGGAUGCAGACCAAUUUUCAGACUACUUUUUUGCUUCUAAAACGUUGCAUGUGACCGGUAGAAGCUUCCCUGUUGAUAUAAAGUAUGGAGUUAGUGAAUCUAAAUGGUUUUCAGUUUCUAAUUUAAUGCCUUCAUAUGUCAUUGAUGUCUUGAAUAUGGUAAUGGAGAUAAACAGAAUUGAGGGGGAAGGUACUAUCCUCGCAUUCUUAACCUCUCAGGUGGAAGUAGAAUGGGCUUGUGAGAAAUUUCAAGCUGUUUCUGCCAUUGCUUUUCCCUUGCAUGGAAAGCUCUCUUCAAAAGACCAACAUCGAGUAUUUCUGACCUAUCCUGGGAAACGAAAAGUUAUAUUUGCCACUAAUAUCGCCGAGACAUCUUUGACGAUUCCGGGUGUGAAAUUUGUGGUUGAUUCUGGAGUGGUAAAAGAGAGUGUGUACGAACCUUCUACUGGAAUGAAUGUGCUCAAGGUUUGCAGGAUCAGCCAGAGCUCUGCUAAUCAACGGGCGGGUCGUGCUGGGAGGACUGAACCUGGUACAUGUUACAGACUCUACUAUGAAAAUGAUUUUCAGUCAAUGCUGCCUCAUCAAGAACCUGAAAUCCGUAAGGUCCAUCUUGGCAUGGCAGUUCUCAGAAUUGUUGCUUUGGGAAUUAAGGAUGUGCAGGAUUUUGACUUCGUCAAUGCACCUAGUUCUAGAGCUAUAGACAUGGCACUCAGAAAUCUUGUUCAGCUAGGAGCUAUAGCAGUGAGAAAUGACAUUUUUGAAUUAACUGCCGACGGCAGCAAGAUGGUCAAAUUGGGUGUUGAGCCUGUAUUGGGGAAAAUAAUUCUACAGUGUUUGCUCCAGCGAUUGGGUAAGGAGGGUCUUGUUCUUGCUGCAGUAAUGACAAAUUCCAGUAGCAUAUUUUGUAGAGUUGGUACUGUGGAAGAUAAGCUGAAAUCUGAUUGUCUUAAGGUGCAAUUUUGCCAUCCCAAGGGUGAUCUCUUCACAUUGCUUGCAGUUUAUAAGGAGUGGGAGACAGUACCCCACGGAAAGAAAAACCAGUGGUGUUGGGAGAAUAGUAUCAAUGCGAAGACCAUGAGAAGAUGCCAUGACACUGUAAAAGAGCUAGAGGCUUGCUUGAAAAAUCAAAUGAAUAUCAUUGUGUCAAGUGAUUGGCAUUGGAAUCCCUCGAUGUAUACUGAGCAUGAUGAUAACUUGAAAAACACAAUACUCUCUUCUCUGCCCGAAAAUGUGGCAAUGUUCUCAGGCUAUGAACAACUUGGGUAUGAAGUGGCAUUAACAAGGAAACAUGCACAACUGCAUCCUUCUUGUUCUUUGCUUAACUUUGGUCAGAGGCCAGCUUGGGUGGUUUUUCGGGAAAUAAUUUCAGGAUCCAAAGAUUAUCUGGUUUGUGUCACUGAAUGUGAUUUUGAACAUUUCUCAACCCUUUCUCCUCCCCCAGCAUUUGAUUUCUUAAACAUGUACCACCGACAACUGCAGAAGAGGAAAUUGACGGGGUUCGGCAAUGCUCUGUUGAAAAGGUUCUAUGGAAAAUCGAAUCGUAAUUUAUGCCUACUUCUUUCAAACAUUAGAGAAUCAUGUGGGGAUGAGCGUAUAGUUGUGGAGGUCAAUUUUGAUCAUAAUGAGUUGCUCCUGUACGCAUCUUUACAAGACAUGGAGAAAGUGUGUAGUUUAGUACAGGGAGCUUUGGACCAUGAAAAGAAGUUGUUGCGGAAUGAGUGCUCGGAACAGCCUUUAUAUAAUGCAGGUCCGACAGUCCUACCUUCAUUUGCUCUCUUUGGGUCCGGUGCUGAGAUAAAACACCUGGAGCUGAAGAAGAGAUAUUUGUCUGUUGACAUAUUCCAUUCAAACAUCAAUGCCCUUGAUGAAAGAGAGCUCAUGGAAUUUCUGGAGGGAUAUACCCUUGGCCAUAUUUGCGGCAUUAGCAAGUAUUUAGAUAAAGAGGACAAGUGGGGAAAGGUGACAUUUUCCACACCUGAGGCUGCUACGAAGGCCGUUGAGUUAGAUCAGUCUGAGUUCAACGGUGGGAUUUUUAAAGUAGUUCCUUCUAAAAAUACAAAUGAUGGCAAUUCUCACACAAAGGCGUCAUCAUCAUCAUCUUCUUCUAUCAAAGCCAAAAUAUCAUGGCCUCGUCGGUGCAGCAAAGGGGUUGCAAUUGUGAAGUGUGAUCCAAAUGAUGUUGCUUUAAUGGUUUCACACCUCUCCACAGUAGUACUUGGUGGCAGGCUAGUUCGGUGUAAAGCAGGCACAAAGUCUGCAGGCAGUGUUGUUAUCACAGGGCUUGAUGUGAAUCUUUUUGAAGAUGAUAUAUCUCAGGUGCUACACGGCUCGACAAACUUGCAAAUUAAAGAGUUUUUUGUGGUGAGAGGCGAUGCAGUAGACAGUCUUCCUCAUGCAGAUUGUGGAGCAGCAAUUAUACAAGCAAUUUCUCCCUUUAUGCCUGGAAGGAACUCACAGGGUGAUGGUGUUCGUGUCCACGUGCUCAAACCAAGCCCAAAAGACAAUUUAAUGAGAGCCACAAUUACUUUUGAUAGAGAUUUGCAUUUGGAUGCAGCUAGAGCCCUGGAGCAAAUUGACAGGAAAGUUUUACCCGGUUGUCUCUCAUGGCAGAAAAUUCAUUGUCAGCAAUUGUUUCAUAGCUCCGUGUCUUGUCCAGCACAUGUCUAUCCUGUUAUCAGGAAUCAGCUUGAUUCUUUGCUUGCAAGUCUUCGGCAAGAGAAAGGUGUAGAAUGUAACCUAGAGGCUAUCUCCAAUGAAGCAAGCAAACUUUGUUCUUAUCGAGUAAAGAUAACGGCUGGUACUAUGAAGACAGUGGCAGAGUUGAGAAAACCUCUGCAGCAGCUGAUGGAAGGGACAGUCAUUCAUCAUCCCAGCAUCACUCCUCCCAUCCUUCAGAUUCUCUUUUCAAGAAAAGGAGUUCUGCUAAUGGAAUCCAUUCAACGAGAGACAGGAACCCAUAUUAUCUUUGAUAAGCAUAGAAUGAUCCUAAGAGUCUAUGGCUCUCAGGAAAACAUCCAAAGUGCAGAAGAAAGCCUUGUCAAAGCCCUCCUCGCCUUGCACCAAAACAAUCAGCUUGAGAUUCAACUUCGCGGUGGGAUUUUACCACCCGAUAUGAUGAAGAGAGUCGUUCAGCAUUUCGGGGCAGACCUUGGCGGGCUCAAGCAGAAGGUGCCCGAGGCAGGGCUGUCCCUAAAUACAAGACGUCACAGUAUAUCUAUCAUAGGUACAAUAGAAUCAAAACAAAGAGUUGAGGAGAUGAUUCACAGUCUUGCCCAGACAAGUCCCAAGAACGAUGAAGAAACCGAUGAUUAUUCCUCAUGUCCCAUUUGCUUUUGUGAACUAGAGGACCCUUACAUGCUCGAAGACUGUUGUCACCAGUUCUGCCGUUCAUGUUUGAGCGAGCAAAUUGACUCUGCCAUAAGAACUCGUGACAGUUUCCCAUUACGGUGUUCCAAAGAAGGUUGUGGAUCUCCUAUCUUGCUCUCUGAUUUCAGGUCAUUACUAUCUUCUCCCAGGGGGGGGAAAUAUGAUGAACUCGUUAAGGCUUCCUUGGAUGCAUAUGUCGCAGGUAGUGGUGGCACCUACAGGUUCUGCCCAUCACCUGACUGUCCUUCAAUCUAUGCAGCCGCCAUUACUGGCCCUUCUUCUUCUUCCACUUCUUCUUCUUCUUCUUCUUCUUCUUCUGCUGAUUCACUGUUUGUAUGUGGAGCAUGCUUUGUGGAGACAUGCACGCAAUGCCACCUGGAGUAUCAUCCCUUCCUGUCGUGCGAGAAGUACCGUGAGUUCAAAGAUGACCCGGAUUAUUCCUCUCUUAAGCAGUGGUGCGGGGACAGGGCAAAUGUGAAAGCCUGCCCGGGGUGCGGGUUCAUUAUUGAAAAGGUGGAGGGUUGCGACCAUAUCUCGUGCAAGUGCGGGAGGCACGUUUGCUGGUCCUGCUUAAGCCACUUCGGAACCGGCGAUGAAUGCUAUGCCCAUAUGAGACGAUGCAUAAAGAGAGAAGAUGCAUGCCCUUUCAAAACAACAUACGGCUAUUUGGGAUGAUGCAUGAGAUGGACCCACAAUUAUAGGACAUAGGGCCCUACAAUUUUGGAGAUCCUAUGGUGUUGGACCUCUCUUUGAAUUAGUGCCCAUCACUGUCCCUAGCUAGCCAGCUAGGUUGCCUUUGCUUUUGGUUCCUAGCUACCUGCAGUCUGUAAUCU